AUGCAUAAGAAUUCAGACAAGGAAAGCACUGUCGCUUCGACUUUGCCGACAUCCUCAGCGGGUAGUGGAGAACAUUCGACCAUAUCAGCCGAGGCAAAAUCCGAAAUCGACCAUGACACUCACUCACGAUCGGAUGCAUCCAGCAUUCAUGAUGAUGGUCCCACUGAAGAUGAUGACCCGGAGAAUACACUUCCUCGUUUACAGCGUCGGUCCACGGAGCUCGGCCCAGCUGUCAAAGUCGCGCGGUUGAAGCGGAGGGGAUUGCUCGGUCAACUCGCUCUGGUGGCUGAGGUUGAGAAUCCAAAGACAUACCCCCGGAAGAUGAAGUGGUUCAUUACAUUCAUCGUCGCUCUGGCUGGAUCUACUGCGCCGCUGGGUAGCGCGAUCUUUUUCCCCUCACUAUCCCAAGUAACCAAAGAACUGAAUACGACAACUACUAUUGCCAAUCUCACGAUCGCGCUGUAUAUGCUGGCUAUGGCGAUCUUCCCCUUGUGGUGGUCUUCUUUUAGUGAGCGACUCGGACGACGGACAAUCUACUUGGUUUCCUUCGCCCUGUUCGCGGUUUUCAACUGUCUCUGCGCCAUUUCUAGCUCUAUCGCGAUGCUGAUUGUCAUGCGUAUGUUGAGUGGUGGUGCUUCUGCCUCCGUUCAGGCAGUCGGUGCCGGUACCAUCGCCGAUCUUUGGGAGCCAAGGGAGAGAGGACGGGCCAUGGGGAUUUUCUACCUGGGCCCGCUCUGUGGUCCCUUACUGGCACCUAUCAUUGGAGGUCUCUUGGCAGAGCGUUGGGGUUGGCGCAGUACCAUGUGGUUUAGUGCAGCCUUUGGUGCGGUAACUCUCAUCUUUAUCCUCUUCGCCCUUCCAGAAACGUUGGUUAUGCAGAAACCCGUCUUGCCUGAACUGGAAGAUGAUGAGGAUCCAGCUGUUAGUCGCUCGCUCAGUCGAGUCUCAUCACGACAGGUCGUUCGGUCCACCACACGCUGGCUGAAGAUGUUGAAGAUGGUUUUCAUUGACCCGCUGAAAAUCAUCCUCUACCUGCGCUUCCUUCCUGUACUCCUGACUGUCUACUAUGCCAGUAUAACAUUUGGCUCCCUCUACGUUCUCAAUGUCAGCGUCGAAGAGACAUUCGGCAAGGAACCGUAUAACUUCUCAACCAUCAUCGUUGGUUUGCUGUACAUUCCAAACUCACUGGGGUACAUGGUGACCAGUACCUUUGGUGGAAAAUGGACAGAUAAAAUCAUGCAACGCGAGGCAAAGAAGGCAAACCGUUACGAUGAAAAGGGUAAACUAAUCCUUCGCCCUGAGGAUCGCAUGCGUGAGAAUGCUUGGCUCGGUGCUUUCUUGUACCCCGCCGCAUUCAUUUGGUAUGGAUGGGCAGCAGAGAAGGGAGUGUUCUGGCUGGUUCCGAUGAUCGCCAACUUCUUCUUCGGCGUGGGCUCGAUGCUCAUCUUCAGCAUGGUCACCACCAUGCUAACGGAAUUCAUGCCAAAGAAAUCUUCCGAGGGGGUCGCCCUCAACAACUUUGUGCGAAACAUCUUUUCCUGCGUGGGUUCCCUUGUCACCGCCCCAAUCAUCGGCGCCAUCGGCAACGGCUGGCUCUUCACUAUCCUUGGUCUCGUUGGCUUCGUAAGUAGCUCUGUCAUUUACAUGAUGCGAGUCUAUGGUCCUCGCUGGAGAAAGACCAUGGAUGCUCACAUGCGUUGA